AUGAGCGUUAAUGCCAGCUUUCUACCGCUGCUGGAUAACUGGGGGCUUCAGUCUCUGACUUUGCUGAACGAGGACCCACGCGAUACCAUCGAGCAUUUCUUAAUGGAGAAUAACCUGACGGGCUAUGGCCCCAACGUUUCGGAUCACAUUGGUGAGAUAGAUAUAACCGCUUAUAUGAAACGAUGUGAUCGUUCACCUUCUUACCACAGGGAUUACACACAGAUUAUGGGAGUUCGGGUGACUAUGGUUGUGCUUUACUGUGCAGUCAUGUUUGGUGCCAUUGUUGGAAACAUAAUGGUUGUACUGACGAUUACACGUAAUGCCUACAUGAGAACCGUGACGAACUAUUACAUAUUCAACUUAGCAGUGUCCGACCUUCUUGUUUCUGUGAUCGUGAUGCCCUUAAAACUCCUGGAGUAUACUUCACCGUGCCACUGGCAAGUCUUUGGAAAUGAUAUUUUGUGCUCACUUCAGUAUUACCUGCUGCCAAUUUUUGUGUUUGCUAGUGAUCUGACACUUGUGGCUAUUUCCAUUGAAAGAUACUACGCCAUAGUCCAUCCUCUAAGUGCAAUGAAGGUUCACAGCAAAUCACGGACGUGUAAAAUAAUCGCCACUACCUGGGUGAUCCCUAUCGUCAUUACCUUGCCCUAUUUGUAUUGCCGGAGUUUCCCGGCAGUCAUCGGCAGUGAGUUGGGAACAGUGGCUCGAGUCAUUUGCAAUGACAAAUUUGACGAGAUAGAUGUUGCACUCUAUGGGGAGGCUAGUCGAGGAACUGGGCAGUUUCGAAGAGCCUAUUUUCUCUUUCUUUUUUUCAGCAUGUACGUAGUUCCCUCGGUGGCAAUUAGCGCAACGUGCAUCAGAAUAUCCGUAUCCCUGAGUAAACCGGUAGUCAUUAAGAGACAAGUAUCGAGGAGGCGGGAAAUGGCCAGCCGUCAUGAGGAAAACAAAAGACGGGUUGCCUUGAUGGUGAUCAUGAUAGCAAUAACCUUCAUCCUGGCAUGGUCCCCAUUUUACCUGACCACAGUCGUCAGCCAGCUUCAAGAGGAUAGCUUUCUCCGUGAAGGCAACUUCUUCUUUACAAUGCUUUUAACGCAUUGGUUUGGCUUUCUUAACAGUUGUCUGAAUCCAUUUGUUUAUAGCGCAAUGAGUGACAAAUUUCGCCGAAAUUUUAAGCAGAUAAUAUUUUCCUGCUUUGCUUGCUUCUCUUCAAAAAGGGUCCGUCGUUACCAAAACUUCAUUUCAGGGAGACUGUCAAACAUGUUUGGUUCGUUGAGGAGGCGUAGCUCCGAGAUGGAUACUGUUGCCACCGAAUUCCGCCUAAGCAGAGACAAAGUAGUGCCGGAAGAAACAGAGCUUGUUGUUCGGAACUCGAGGCUUUUGCGACAAAACCACCAAACGAAGCAAACUUCACAAUUUGAACUGCACGCUUUCAAGGAGCAGCAAAUUACUUUACUGGAAUCAUCUCAACUUACGGCUCUCACCUGA